AUGGUCAAUCCAACCACCACCACCCAUCCAUCUCAGGGGCCCCAAUUCUCAACCAUGACUACUCCGGCGCCGCUACUGGCCGCAGUCGGCCUUUGCUCCCUCACCGUCGGCUACUGGCUGGGAAUGGGCCGAUCCCUGCUGUCGUACAACGCCCAGUCCCGGUCCAUCGCAUCGCGCCGUGACCACGACUCGGACGACAGCGACCUCAGCGACUACGACGACGACGCAGCGGAUCUGAGCGACAAGAAGCACACCACCCUCAACCCCAACGAGGAAUGCAAGAUGGUCCUCCUCGUCAGGAUGGAUCUCAAGAUGGAAAAGGGAAAGAUUGCCGCCCAGUGCGGUCACGCCACGCUAGCAGCCUACAAGGCGGCCCUCAAACAGACGCCACAGCUCGUCAAGCAAUGGGAGCGCCUCGGCCAGGCAAAGGUGGCGCUCAAGUGCCCCGACGAGGCGACAAUGAAGGGGCUCGAGGCCAAAGCCAGAAGUCUCGGCCUCGCGGCUCGUUCAAUCAUCGACGCAGGCAGAACGCAGAUCGCACCAAACUCGAGGACCGUGCUGGGCAUCGGACCGGCUCCCGUCUCGCUCGUCAACGAGAUCACUGGUCACCUCAAGCUACUGUGA